CUAGUGCUACUAUAAUUAGUCAUGAUAUGUAUAAAGUAUUGAUAAUGAUAGAUUGUUGACGUCUCUGCUAAAGUUUUAUAAUAUUUCAUAAUGUUUUAAAUUAGUCAAAUUAGCCAAAAUAUGUAAUAGAUAAAUAAGUCUGCAUAUGUAAAUUGUCUGAUUAUCUUCAUAACUAAAGUGCACACCGGCCAAUAUUACUGAAUUACAGCCAUUAACAAUUGAUUUUUUUUGUGUAAGUUAUGAAGUUAAAUAUAUAAUAUUGUUGUUAGUUCUGCACGUUUUAUAAGUUACCAACUUAUCAAUCAAAGUGGUCCAGAAGAGAGCCUGUCUUGUGCAAGCAUACAUUCAAAAUCACAAACAAAUAAUAAGCAUUUUUAUACUGUUAGAAAAUAUAACACACAAAAGAAAAUUUCGAGAUGUUUCUAGCUAGUUAUAGCUAUGACCUAUGAGUUUGGUUAGAAAUGAAUACAAAACCUUUACACAGUAAUCUAGCCACUGUUGAAUGUUUCAAAACUUCAAACAUGAUAAUACAAAAAAAACAUAUCAAAAUAGUUUGCCAUAUACAAAGUAUCAAUGGUAUAGUUGAGGUCUAUAAGAUGGCAGCGGAGGCUUAGAUCGUUUUAAGUUUUUAAGACUUGUGUCUAUGAAACUUGAUACAAGUUUGUCUUGUAAACUUUGUGGGAGAAACGAGUUAAGCGAUUUCUAAAUAUAUCAAAUCAUAUGAUUUAUUCAGCUAACAUAUUUCAAAUAGACGAAAAUAUCUAAGAUAUUUCACUCAAUUAUUGUUAGAAUGGAUUCUGACGGGUGAAGCAUAUAACUAAAAACUUAAAAAUGUCCACAUUUUGACAAAUAACAGAUGACUUUUCAUUGGAAAAUUGCUCCUUCACAUGUGUCUUGCCUUUUCCAUCUCUAUAUAAUUGACCAAACAAACAAUAUAAUCUGACAUCAUAGAAGAUUAAUAAUUUAUCAACUCCAGCCAUAUCUCUAUUAAUAUGUACUUCUUCGAGCUAGUCUGCUAGAUAAUGAUCUUGUGUUUCUUAGGGGAACACAGAACAAAAUUAAUGGAAUCUUAGGUUCUUUGAUUGAAAUUGAAAUGUAAGAAUGAUAAUGAGGGGAAUCAAGACAAUAAUUCAAGUUUAAAAAUAUUUUCAUCUAGCUUCUUAGACAAAUUCGUAUUUACGAUUUAUUUCUCAAAUGUAUUAGAUAAUAAACCGCAUACCAAACAUGUAUUGUACCUUUUAGGCAUACCAAACAGAAAAUAACGUUUUAGUUAUGCUCAUAACGUUAUAUAAAUACAGAAAAGGAAGUGGCCCAUCGGCAACAACUAGAAAAUACAUGUGCUUCAUUUCAAAUGCAUCUGCCCCAAGUGUUUUAGAAUAUACAUUCAGAUGAAUGUAUGUUUUAAGUAGGACUAUUAGCUUGUACAUUAUUUUUUGAAUGGAAAUAGUUACAUAUCAUCUGCUGUGUUCUCCUAUUUCUGGCAACUGGUGAUCACUGUCUAGUCUCUCUACUAGUUUGUCAUCAAUAUUUAAGAAAGGCUGAGUACUGAUUUUUAUAAUGUGUUGAGGCAGUGGGGGCCCAAGUGAUGUGCUUAACGAAGGGCCCAACAAAAGAAACAAGACUCAACCACACUUUAGUAGGCAGUGUGAAACCUCGAGGCAGUGGCGGCUGCCUGUUCGACUGUUACUCUUUAGGUUGCACCGAUCUAUUCAAAUAUGUAUACACCAAUUACCAACGUUUCUUAGUUUUAGUUGCCGUCUUUCUAGUUUUGAUUGUUGAUUACUUUUUCUUUUGUCGAGUAUGAACAUACCUUUUAUAGAAACCUGAUUACUGACAGAUCCAUUCAAUGUUUCUCUUCUUUACAUGUGCAAGAAAUUCAAAAAAGUUAUGGAGUUGAAAAUUUGGAUAUUAUGUUCCUUUGACUUCUUUCUCAUAUGAAAAGUUCUAAUUUAUUUUUAUUAUCCCGAGAAGAUUGGACCCGUAGCAAUAUUGUUGUAGGCAACUUUUAUUUACUUGUAUUUAUUGAACUUUCAUUAUAAUAUUCAACAGUCAAAUUGUGGACUUUGAAUGUUAUAUUAGAUCAAAUGUUGUCACUUGCCCAUUUGGCGGCACAAGAGCUAAGUUACGGCCUCUCCUUUACUUUGUUAACUUAGAACGAACGAAACAAUUUGUUCAACGCAUCACUACAUGUACAAACCAAUCCUUCGUAUUCGUAACUUUAAUGUCCUUAUCUGUGGUUAGAAUCUUUGAAAACUAUACGGCAUCAUUAUAUAUUGACAUCUACUUUUAUAAGGAAUGUCCAAUACGCAAAUAUAUUUUUAAUGAUAUGAAUAUAUCUAAUUAAAUCUCGAAAUAACAUUAUUGUUUUCGCUCAGUUAGCUAUUAUUGAUGUAACUAUGUAAGAAUAAGUAAACUAGCUUUUUGAUAUAAAAAAAUGUAUUGUGUCGUACUACAUUUUGGUCUAUUUUACGUACUGGUAAGCUACUGAAAAAUGAGACCAUGUAUACGUCAUCUUUACGCCAUGCAUGCAGCAUGCUCUACUACAUACAGUAUGUUCUACCAGUUUCUGAACUACCAUUGUCCCGAUAGGCAACUAUAUUAUUUAGUUUUUUUUUUGGUCUAAAGAGUUAUUUAGUUAUGACUAAUAAAUAGCGUAGGUAGAAAAUACAAACGUAAUAAUCAUUAAAAACAUCGGGUGUACGUGGCAAAAAUUAUGUGAUAAACUAUUUUACUAUGUGUUAUUUGGGGCGGUGAUAUUAAUAACCUUGGGUUUUAAACAUAGGAAAUUGAAUUGGGCGGUUAAACGUUCAUUGUUUAUUGCACUAGCACUUAUUUUUGUUAUCUUGUUUGGAUUGAAAGUUCUACAAAAGAAUAGUAUGGUUAAUGUCCACAAAAUAACUAUUAAAUAUUCUGAAUUGUAACAAAAGUAGUUUCCUUUAACUAAGUGUAAGUGUGUUGUAACUAACACUUUGGAAUGCAGUUGAAGGGGAUAGGAUAUGACUUAUGAGAAUGGUUAUUGUUAAUAGAUUUGGUCUACCAUCGACGUUUGUGUUUGGCUCCUCGGCUAUCAAAAUAGUCCACUGUGGAGGCAUAUUUUUUUUUUUCGGUCAAACCCACUGUGGAGGCAUAUUUAAAAGUUAUCUUCUGGUUCUUAAUUAUGAGAAUAUUAUUACCAUUUUAAAUAUUUUCAAUAUUUUGGAAAUCUAUUAUAUGGUCAAACCACGUGAAUUUACCUAUAUAAGUAUAUAGAACUAGUUUAUUGAUAAUUUAAUAUAAUUACUGUAUAUAUUCGUAGCAGCUACGUGUAACGACAUGUUUGAAUUUUGAAAAUAUUACAUCAUGCAUAGAUUUUCUUUUUUGCCGGCAAUAAUAUACUAUAUAUAUAUAUAUAUAUAUAUAUAUAUAUUAGUUGCAAUCAAUGAUCUUUGUUUUCCAUUUUCUUGGACUUUUCUUCAUACUAAAGGACACCGAUAUCUAAGCUAUAAUACUACAUACACUCAUUAUAUAUUUUCGUCAUUGAAUUUAAAAUGAUUUUAAUACUUUGUAUGCUUUUUGAGAGACAUCUUUUAGUAUAACAUACUCCCUCCGUUUUUUUAAUAUAAGUCGUUUUAGAAUUGUGCACACAAAUUAAAAAAAAAUCAUUAAUUUCUUACAUUUUUUAAACAAAAACAUCAUUAAUUGCUUAUCGAACCAUAAAUCAACCAAUAAUAAAAUAGAAAGUAUAUUAUUAUUGGUCAUAUAACAUUAACUGUUAAUAAAUUUUACAUAAAAAAUCGAAAACAUCAUAUAAUUUAGAACCAAAAUAUUUCUCUAAAACGACUUAUAUUAAAAAAACAGAGGGAGUAUGAGUUUUAGUUCUGAAAAUGCCUAAUAAGAAAUUUCGAAAAUUAUCACAAACUUUAAUUAGGUUUGGAAAUUGUUAAGGAUCAUUAUUGUAAAAAGUUAUCGCAAUUAAAAGAAAAUAUAUUGUUUAAUCACAAAGGCCAUGAGAUAAAUCAGGUUUCAUUAUUUUGUAAAAAAAAAACUGUCAGUCAAAUAACUUUUUUAUGAAGGAAUAUUAAAAUUUAUUUACCAAAAAAGCAAGAAUAUUAAAUUUAUUCGAACAAAAAACAUAGGUACAAUGAAAGUAUCUUCCAAGCAUAGUGUUAAUAGCAUGUAUCAUACUAGAACGUUUCUGAGGGGCUUUAUCUUGUGGUUAACCAAAGACUCUAGCAUCGAACACUAAUGUCAAAUGAAUACUUGGUUGAAUUAUAUAGGCUCCAAAUGAUAACAGCAGAUUGAGCGGUGCGGAACAAGCGGUUUGACUGUGGUGCGGUUUUGACAGUUAUAAAAAUGUAUAGAUAUAUGGUAUAUGUAGAGAUUUUUGUUACUGUAACUGCGGUGCGGUGCGGGACAGAUCUUACCAUUUGAAGCUAUAAUAGUAAAUGCUAUUAAAUUGGUAUGGGCUUUCAUUAAGAUAUUUUCAUUAAGAUAUUAUGUGUCUAAUAAUAGUCAAAGUCAUUCGUCAUUGACCCAGCAACAAAGAAACGGCAUAAAAAUUAUCAUGAAACUGAUAGACAUUUACCUAUAUAUAUACAGAGAUGUUAAUAUUCAGAGAAACUUGACUGGGUGAUAUAAAGAUAUCGAUGUAGCGAAGAUGAGUGGUGAAGGUAGUAAGGAUCAUCAAGACGAAGAUGAAACAACACUUCCUGGAUUCAGAUUUCAUCCUACGGACGAAGAACUUUUAGAGUAUUAUCUUCGAAGAAAAGUAGAGAACAAACCCAUCAAACUCGAGCUUAUUAAACAGGUCGAUAUCUAUAAGUACGAUCCUUGGGAUCUUCCGAGAGUGAGCAGCGUCGGGGAAAAGGAAUGGUACUUCUUCUGCAUGAGAGGCAGAAAAUACAGAAAUAGCGUUAGACCAAACCGAGUCACCAGUUCAGGUUUCUGGAAAGCCACCGGUAUUGACAAACCGGUUUACUCCAGUCUUGACUGUGUCGGUCUAAAGAAAUCUCUGGUUUACUAUCUUGGUUCAGCCGGUAAAGGGACUAAAACCGAUUGGAUGAUGCAUGAAUUCCGCCUCCCCUCCACCACAAAAACCGACUCGCCAGUUCAACAAGCAGAGGUCUGGACACUAUGCAGAAUCUUCAAACGAGUAACACACCAGAGAAACCCAACCAUCGUCCAAUCAAACCGUAAACCGGUUAUUACCUUAGCCGAUUCGUGUUCUAAGACGAGCAGCUUAGACUCCGAUCACACCAGCCACCGCGUUGUAGAUUCCUUGUCACACAAGCUACACGAGCCACAUCUACAGCUUCAGCCACAAACACAGAAUCCUUACUGGAACCAACUUACUAGGUUUGGUUUUAGUCAACCGACGUCGUAUACUUGUCAUGAUAACAACUUCUUGAGUUUCGAGAACAUCAACGGUGGAGAUUUCAUCGGGGAUUCAGCAAGUUGGGAUGAACUUAGGUCUGUUAUAGAUGGCAACACUAAACACUAAGAAUAAUUUGCCUUUUGGGAGCUAUGUGCCUAUGUAUAAAGGAUAAAGAAAAACCAUUGUUUUUUGUUUUAUAAAAUAAUAAUAUACGUAUGAGAUUACUCCUUGAGAACUA